AUGCUGGAGAUCAAUAGCUCCCUGCUCGGAGCGCUUGCCAGUGACCUUCAGCAUAUUCUUUUAGAAACACGCAAAAAAGGCGCGUCUUAUCCGUUUAGAGAGGUAUGCUUUUCCGCAUCACCGCAGGUUCUGGAGCGCGUUCACACGGCUUUGGAAAUGGCCCGCUCCAAGAGAUCCACAUUUGCCGGCAGCGGCCCAAAGGGGACCAAUGACCUUUUAGAGCUCUAUCCCGCUCUGAAUCAGGCGGCUCUGACCGAAAAUCCGAAAGUAGCAACGCCAGCGGUCCAAGUAGCCGCUCUUGUUGACGUGCUUUGGAGACUGCGCGGUGGGGUCCCCGAGAUCCAACUGCGGAUCCUACAAUCAUUGUUGCCAUUAAUUGCAAACUAUUCAGAACAGAUCCACGGCGAGCAACUUAGACUGCUUUUUUCCAUUGCUCUUUUCCUUUAUGGAAACAAGAGCUCCGUGCAGAUGGUUCAUCAUACUGCCGUUGCUUCCAUUCGACAGCUUGCUACAUCUGUCUUUGAGCGCGUCGAAAAGAGUUCCCAAGUCACGGGGAAUUCUCACACAAAUACCCAACAGGAAAAUGCGGUUUCACUGCUGAACAUGGAAGAUGCCACUGCUUUUCUCAAAGUAGAAAUUCUCGGCUCCUACGCCACGUUAAUUCGAACAUCUAGUGCCCUGUUCGCCCAGGUCGAAGGUGUGCUCUCACCUGCAUUGGAAAAGUUCCUCGCGCCCGAACACUACCGCACUGUGCUCAGUCCUGCAGAUAAACACUACUUUUCGCUGCUAAGGUUGGUCUUAUUAGACUACGCCCCUGUAAAGCGGAUUGUGCCUACGGAAAGCGCAAUUGGAACGGUACGCAGUACACCUGAAUGCGCUGACGGGUCCCUCAAGUCAGAUGGGCAUGGAAGUCCAAAUAAUCAUGGCAGCAUUGCACGCCUGUUGGAGCUCCUCUCAACAUGGCUUUCCUCGGCGCACCCUAACCACACGAGACUCGCCUUGGAACUGCUAGCAGAUAUUUUCCCGUCCAUUCUGACACAUGAAAGCUUUGCUUUGCUUCUACAGGCGACGAUCUCACUUAUCCAACAGCAUUUGAACGAUGGCGCAAAUCACAGCGAUGAAGAUGACGCAAAUAUGCAGCUCGCGCUCCAAAUUAUCUUUUCGCUCUUUGAAACGCUCGGCAACAUGCCCAAAGUUGCCGGCAAAUCGACCUCUUCGGCUGCGGAGUGCUCGUGGCCCACAACGUCUGCCGACAGGCAUUCUUAUGCUGCUGCUGCCUCUUUGGCUACAACAUUGAUUGACAGAGGCUUUGUAGGUGAUGCGGAAAACAGGCUUUUUCGUACACUUUGCGUGAUGGGGUUCUGCUCGCCAGGACCUCAAACAGAAAUUGAGGCACUUUGGGUCAAAUGGAUUGACACUUGCAUUUCUGAUGCCCUUUUUGCAGGCGCAGAUAUGGUGCUCGAAGUAGUUGAAAUUGCCCAUUCCAAUCUGUCUCCAUGGGCCUGGCUGAGGGUCCACAUACUCUACCUCACCAUCAAAAGAGCCUUAGUUGAAGGAGCAACGGUUCCACGCCAGCUUGGGGAAAUUGUGGACCACAUAUAUGGACGUCCAGAAAUCAUUUCUCACCCCUCUUUUUUCGUCUCGUUCGCAGGAGAUUUACUGGGUGCUCUCCUGAGCGAAUCUAGCAGCGCAGAGGGUUUUGGAUCUGCUACCGGCCCUUUGCGUGCUCUACCUCCGCUACCAUCUGUAAUUUUUGAGGAUGUAUUGCUGCCAUUAAUUUUCGGAACAAUGCUGCCACUGCAGCAUGCUGAUGAUGGUUGGAUUUUGCUCGCACGGUCCAUUUUUGUUGAAAUGGUGAUACCUCAUCCCAGUGGUCACAUGAGAGAUUCAUUUUUUGCGGCCAUGGUGGAAUAUUUGACCAAAAAUUUGCCAUCGAGUCUUGCUCGUGCUUUGGAAGUCAUCGCCGUGGUCAUGGAGAGUGUUGACGAUGAAGUAAUGCUCUCAGCAACAAUUGCCCUCGCAUUCCAGUUGGUAGAUGAUGGCUAUAUCGCAGGUCCUGGAGAAGGCUGCCAAGAAUGUUGUUGGGUAGGCCCAUGGCCAGCCUCAACAGAUACCUGUCGUCCUAUUGAUGCAGCCUACAUUCCUGCACUUACCAACAGGCUUUUUGGAAACAAUAUACCCAGUUGUCAUGAUGGUCCCCAAAGUUGCAUUGACGACCUUGAAGGCUCUUUUGCUAGCCAAACAGAAGGGCCUAACGCAAUGAGCCAUAGCAGUAUCGAUCAAAAAACUGCAUUGGUGGCAUCAUCCGCUUGCCAUAUAACUGCCACCAGCUCGUCAAUUUCAUGCAGCUGGGGCCGCCUGCUUAGUGCCAUCAAAGCGCUAUUACUUCGUGUCCUAGAGAUGCCGUAUCUUUGCGCGCUCGUUGAGCGCAAGCUUGUUCCGUUACUUACGACGAUCUCUCAAAACGAUGCGCUUUCAAAGCUGGCCGCUGGCCAUUGUGCCGAGCUGAUCUCGAGCAUUGCACUGGUACUACAUUUGCCCACUAUCGAGCUGAACACACAGAUUACGCUGCUGGGAUUGCUCUGGACAGUUUCUGAUGAAAUUCUUUCUCGUAUUGCAAAUAGUAGCUCUACAAAGACGAAGGCCGGAGCUUCUUCAAAUAACAAGACAGUGCAGACAGCUGUACAGUUCACCCCCCAAAAGACGGUAGACGGCAUUUCGCAAGAAACUGCCGUAGUCGAUCUUCAAUUGCAUCUUUAUGGCGCAUUGGCAGAAAUUGCGGCAGCUUCACUGCGACUGCCUGUCCGGGAGGGUGCAUUUCAGAUGCUUUUCAGAGCCAUAUCUUUGCAUCAGCGACAAGGGACUGCGCAUUGGACAGCCAUUUUUGAACGGAUUCUAAUUCCAUUGCUAUGGCGGCUACCGGCAGAAACAAAAGCAGAUGGCGGAUCGGCUCUUGUCCUCGUCGGCGUUGAGGGAAUUAUCGAUAUUUUCGUCAUAUAUGCUGCGGACCUGCAGAGCGCCUGGAUUUCUACGAUACUGCAGGAGAUUUUCGUACCCGUAAUGUUGAAUGGCUCUGAAAAAAUGCGCCUAGCAUUACUGGGCAAUCUGGUAACGUUUGUGACGUCUAUAGGGAGCACGAUACAAGGCCGUGCUUGGAGACAGAAGACAUUAUGUAUUGUUUUUGAGACUUGGCUUACCAUUUGUGAUAAGGUACACGAAGGAAAUUGCAGAACAACCCAUGUUUCUGGAGCAAAACACCGCGCAAAGACGGCACCACAAGCCCACGCAUCCAAGAAUGUCCAGAAAUGUCCAAAUGUAUUCAGGACAGAUGCGAUGUUGGAAAUGGUGCGAGUUUUCCGGGAAAUUUUCAUUACAUCCAUUGGUGGCGACCGUGUGGCUGGGGAUGAAUGGGAAUUUCUCGAGCGCCUCUUUAACCAAGGGCUUCCCGUAUUGUUCUCUAUUUGUAUCGAAGGUGGUUUUGGCGAGAUGGGAGAGCAGACCAUUGAGGAGCUUCACCGGAACUAUUCGCCGGCCAUGCAGAUGGCAAGCAGGCGGCUAAGGGAUGCUGUCUUACGAGUUGUCGCUUCGAUGAUCGACUUUUUGUUGCAAAUUUCGGUAGAAAACGAGAAUACGGCCGUGAAACUGGGCCGAGCACUUUCUUUAUGGCAUCUCAAUCUUGUACAGAGGCUAGUGGAUGAUCCCAUCGUUUAUGAGUUGGUUGUGUCUCUUGAACGCUUACUAAACGAAUUCGGACAGGUGUACAGACCCAGCAAUGAUGGCGACAAAAGCAAAGAAGAUCAAAAUGGGCUUUGUGGUAAUAGAGACGAUAGAAACGCGGGCCAUAGAUUCCCCUCUGCGGGUACCAAUACCAGCGACCAAGAUCGACACAAAUUGGCAUUGGUACGCGGUCUUCAUUGUCACGUUCUUGGGACAACGGGAGCAUUUUUUAUCGUACUGAUGGAUGGCCUUCAACGACUGUCGCAAGGGGAACCCUUACGGAGUGUCACUUUUAACCUUCUACGGCUGUUGCUGUCACAGAUCGCGCAAAUCCUAAGAUGGAUGUUGGAUCAUGGUUUGGGGCCAUCCUUGACUGGCGAUAUGGGCGAAGCCCUCUUUGAUGCGUCCACAGCAGCACUUAGAGCCGCUGUGGAUGCUACCUCCGAGCGAGAGGAGGAGUUACUCGUUACAAAUCUUGAUCUGAUGGUCGUUGAUUCAGAAGAGAUACUGGGGAAAUGGAUCUCCAAAACUUGUUUGCAUCGAUAUCUUUCAAUGCUGGUGCGGUGUAUCACAUUUGCGCUGGCACCAGCACGUCAUAAAAUUGGCGUGUUCAGGGAACGGCUCGCCUUGAGAGCACUUGACAAUCUUGUGGCAAUGAUGGAUGGCACACUACGACAUUCUGCACUUGCCGCAAUCGAAAUUUUGUUGACUGAAAUUGAAAAUGCAUCGACUGCGCCGCAAGUGCUGGCCUUCUCAACACUGCCAGCUGAGCGGUAUGCAAAUAUUGGAAAUAAUUUUAGGAUGCACUCUGUGCCUUUUCUCAUUUCGCUUCUUUUUCGGUUGGAGGCGCUGGGGGCUGGUAUUGACGCCCUCCGGCCAUUUCUCCUUGCAUUGUUAAGGCACUGCCCCGAUGGGCGGGUGCGCGAGGUUUCUGGCAGUCUGCUUACGCGGCUGUUGAAGGACAAAAAUUAA